AUGGCGAGGCAGCAGCAGCUCAUCCUGACCGCCGCGAUGAUCUUGUGCUGCUGUGGUGGCGGCCUUAUCGUUUCUGCGCUCGAUCUCAACAAACUGUACGGGCACAUACACGCGAAAAGGAACAUAGGAGAACCAUGCCACCCAUAUGAACCAUUCAAAUGUCCUGGAAACGGCGCUUGUAUUUCUAUUCAAUAUUUAUGUGACGGAGCACCCGAUUGUCCAGAUGGUUAUGAUGAAGAUGCCAGACUUUGCACUGCGGCUAAACGACCACCGGUUGAAGAAACAGCAAGUUUUUUACAGUCACUUUUAGCUAGUCAUGGACCAAACUACUUGGAAAAAUUAUUUGGCAGCAAAGCCAGAGACGCGUUGGAACCAUUAGGAGGCGUCGAAAAAGUUGCAAUCACUCUUUCUGAAUCACAAACAAUCGAGGACUUCGGUGCUGCUCUCCAUCUAAUGAGAUCUGACUUGGAGCAUUUGCGUUCGGUGUUCAUCGCCGUCGAGAACGGUGACAUCGGCAUGUUAAAGAGCCUGGGCAUCAAAGACUCUGAGCUAGGCGAUGUGAAGUUUUUCCUCGAAAAGCUAGUCAACACCGGCUUUCUAGAUUAA